CGGACACCUCGGCCCAUGGACAUCCUACUGAUCAAAGCAAAUGACACCUCGGUUCAGACUGGUCGGUCCAAGAUUUAAGACAGAUGAAUAAGAUACGCUGAAGAAAGAUGACUGCAACAAGAUACAUCAUUUUGGGAGGUGGGAUAGCAGUUUUGGCAAUUGGUUAUCACUAUGAGGUCAUUGGAACAGUCUUGUCUGUGUUGGUUCAUUGUAUGAUAGCUGUACUAGGUAUCUACCUAGGUGUCACCUGGUCUCUUGUCCAGGGGAAGACAUACAAGCCAGCUGCCCAGCCCAGAGAGUCAAAGAUGGCACAGGAACUCAUCAAAUUGAUGGAAAAAAGGUAUGAGAAGAAAUCAGAGACAAAGAAAGUAGUGAUUACAAGAAAUGUAGAUGGCGCUUUACAGGAAGUGCUAGACCUUAUUAUGCGAGACUAUAUCAUGUCAUGGUAUGCUGAUCUUUCUAAGGACCAUGAAGCUUUUAUAGGUUCUCUAAGAAGUGACAUUUGGGUGAUAUUUGAGUCUUUGACAAAUCGACUGAAGAAGAUUGACAAAAUGAAGCUGAUUACAGAAGAAGUGGUGCUGAAAAUCCACAAACAUUUCCAGGAGAUCAGAGAAUACAGAAAAAGAGAAGAUGACAAAAUAGCCAAGAAAUUCAUCCUUCAUCCCUGGCUGGAAAAUGAGGACACAGAGACAGAGUUUCUGAGGAAGGUUUGUGAAUCUCUGUUGAUAGCACUGCUGCCUAAGGAAUACAUUCACUGUCACACACUGAGGAGAAUGCUGAGAGAGAUACUGACAUCGUCAGUUCUGAAGCCAUCUGUAGACAUGAUGUGUGAUCCAGACUAUAUAAAUCAGAAAUUGAUCAACUACAUAGAUUACCGACGACAGCUUUCUGAGGACACUCGUAAGAAGUAUACGUACGCUGCUACAUACGAGGAAUUCGUGAAACUCAUCGACAAGUGUGAUGAUAUAGAGCAUCUUAAACAAAUAAGAUACAAUAUCAUGACAGAAAUCAUCCAUGCUACAACCAUUCAGAACAUUAAAAAGGAACAAAACAUUCCAGAAAAACCUUUAAAACCUGGUGAAAAAGGACCAUCUCGAGCCACUGGUAAAGGGGAUCUUCUAAAAGCUAGAAAUUUGAAAAGAUACAUAAAUCAGCUUACUAUUGCCAAAGUUCACAGUGAAAAGAGAAUACAUGCAUUAGGGGGACCAGAUUACAAGAGCUAUGAAACAACAGAGGAAUCAGAAGGAAUGGUCACCAAAAGUACCAAGAUUAUGUCCUUUGAAGAAGUGAUGGAUUCAGUGGAAGCUAAAAUGGAAUUUUUCAAAUUUUUAGAAAAGGAUGACAACCAUUCAUUGCUUGGAUUUUGCAUGGCUGUAGAAAGACUUGAAACUGCUGAGAAGAGGAAACAGUAUCAGUUGGGAAAGGAGAUAUUUGACAAAUACAUCGCCAGUAGUACGAGCGCCGUCAAGCUGGACAGAGGAACUGUAAAGGACAUGGAGUCUUUCUUACUGGGUAACUCACCGGAGUGUGAAGCUUUUGAGAGGGGAGAGAAAACUGUAUUGGACAUCUUGAAGAAGCAGUACUAUCCAUCCUUUCUUGUCAGUGAUAUUUACCAUAAAUAUAUCAAGUCCUUAGAGCAAGAAACCCCAGCAGAUCUCACUGAGCAAAGAAAAGAUUUAUUAUUCUUUCAACCUGACAGUGAUGAUGAAGAAGUAUACAUGGAUUUUAAUAGUGAUGACAGCGUCAUUUUUAAGGAUCAGUCUUACUUUGCUCAACAGAAGCUGGAGCAGUUGGAUGGAAAAAUUCAGAAUAAGAGCCAUGCACUAAAAGCAAUCAAAGAAUCACAUAAAAUGGAUGACUCAAAGGCAGAGAAGAUAGAGAAAGACUUAGAGAGGGAGUUGGAGCAGUUGAUCCUACAGAGGAGGCAGCUAGAGAUCCACAUCCUGAGGACUCAGAAGUGGUGUGAGAAUCAAGGCUCCUGGAGGGCCACUAUAUACGAAGCACAGAUUGUUGAGGAGGAUGAUAAGAGGAUACCUACCUUUGUUUUGAUCGUGCAUCUGACAGGACAGGAAAAAUCGUACAAUCUUCAGCAUAGUGCAGAAGGCUGGCUAGUCACCAGAACUAUCCCAGACUUCAACCGACUCCACGAGAAACUGAUUGAGAUUGGACCUUGGUUGAAGAAGAAAGAACUUCCAUCUGUGCGGCGAUUCACAACACUGGACGAUAAAUUCUUAAAUGAGUGUAAGAGAAUGCUGAAUGAUUAUCUCAGUGCCGUAAUGAAAGAUGGAAUGAUGGCCCAGAGUGAGGCGCUUUAUGGCUUUCUGACGCCAACACCAGAGUUCUUCUUGCACAGGAAACCAGAGAAAAAGAAAGAGUUCUUCAUCACCUCCAUUAUAAAAAGCUUGCCCAUUGGUCAGUACAAGCAAGUCAAUGAGGACGAACUUAAACUGGUGGAUGAAGAAGACGAUGGUUCAAAGCUGGACAGGAAAGACUCCAUUGCUGAGCCAUUUUACAGACUGGUAGAUGAGGUGUUCGAGUGUCAUGGUAUGUUUAAAUGGCUGAGACGCAGCUUCAUCAUGUUUGUGGAAGUCACUUUUGGAAGGUCUAUAAAUAGACAACUGCGAGAAAUGGUGGACUGGAUAUUUUCAGAGAGCAUGAUCAUUUACUACAUUACUUUGUUCAAAAACUCCAUGUGGCCAAAUGGCAAGCUAGCUGACCCUCCGACCCCGAAGACAGACCUUCAAAAAUUACAAACGAGGCUUGAAGCCAAAGAAAAAUUCUUAAACAAUAUGCCAGAUGCAGUCAGAACACUUUUAGGAGAGGAGAAUGGCAGAAGAGGAGCUAUUAAAAUGUUUGAAGUUUUACAAGACACAAGACUAAACAAACAUCUUUUCUAUAGUCUUUUGGAGGUCUUUCUCUUGGAAAUCUGUCCAGAAUUAAAGGAGAGUACAGAAUCCGGUCAGUGAUGGACCAAAAAACAACACAUAGAAUGAAUUGCAAAGCUCAGUUCUUCUUCAAAAUUUGUCAUUAUAGAUAAAAGAUGUACUGUAUUAAAAGUAAAGGGUGUGUGCAAUUAACAUUUACAUGUAGAAAAGAAAUACAUGUAUUAUACAUGUAUUUAUAUUUUUUGUAUGAUUUUCUGGGUGCAAUAUGAUUUUUAAUUCUAUUUUGUUAUUGUUCAUUUAUGAUUUGAUGAAAGG